AUGUCAACCGACAGAAUCUGUUGCGGUCUCGUGCAUUGCAAGGUUGCGGCUUUGGCCUUCUGGGGCCUCCGCAUGUUCCUGCUCGCCGUGACGGCGUGGAUCUGGUCGUUCGAUGAUCUGGAUGAAACUUACUGGUUUGGUCUGCUCGUAUUCAGCGCGAUCAUCUGCGUCGUAAUGGGUAUCGCCGUGAUUAAGGAUUGUGCCAAGAUGACCAAGGUCACCUACUGGCUUCAGGCACUUUCCAUCACGACCUUCGUGGUGAUGAUCAUCUUCCUGUUCUGGAAGAUGCCUUCGAAGGAGGUGGUGCCCAAUGAAAUGAUCACGAUGCGCCGCCGACAUGAUAUGGAUACCAUGCUCACCCUGGCGGUGCUGAUCAUCGUCGGCAUCUGGGAGCUGAUCAUCACCCGUUCCUUCUACAAUCACCUGAAAAGUCUGCUGACCUCUCGGAGCCCUUCCUCCGCGAGCCCAACUACCAGUCGUACAGCUUCUACAAGAACCACGGUGACGGCAAAUACCACGCCCCGAUGCCCACCAUCUGAUAUGCCCUCAAAAGUGGCGCCGUCGGUAGAGCCGAAGAAGGGUACCCCUAUAUCGAAGACUAGAAGAGAUCCCGAACCAGGAACGAUUGAACAACUUGCACAACAAGAAGCGUUGAUCAAGCGGUCGUCUACGUGCUAUGAAAGUUCCCGGAAGCGCUGCAUGUCGAUUAGGGCGCAGUUUCGAAAGAAAAUGGCUGCGAAGGUGUCAAAGCAGUUCGGCCUAAACGAUCUGGGCUCCAGAAUACAAGAGAUAAUUGGUCACGCCAGCACGCGACCUGAGGAAAAGACUGGAUCCCGCGCGCUACAGCUCAUCGAAAGUGCCAAGAACUACACCGAGACGAUGAGUGAGGCCGGCGUGUCCAUGGAAGAACUCAUCGCCUCUUGUGAAUCCUUGGACAAGGCAGCCGAUAUGAUUGAUUGGGCGGGGAUGCUUGAUGCAAUCGACGAAUUCGAGCGCAGAUUCUCCAGGUUCUCCGACCUAUUGAAUCGCGCCGAUCAACUCUACGCCGGCCUUCCUCGAGGGGAC